AUGUUCGAGGCCAUCCUCGCGCCGCUCCUCGAGCGCGCGCUCGGGACGUACGUCGAGGACCUCCCGCGCGAGCGCGUCAGGGUCGGCCUGUGGAGCGGCGUCGUUCGAUUGGAAAAUGUCAGGCUAAAGCCGGACGCGUUCGACGCGCUCGGGCUUCCGUUCGCGGUGCGGAGCGGCACCGCGUCCUUGCUCGAGCUUCGCGUCUCGUGGAAGACCGCGCUGCUCAGGGUGCACCCGGUCGUCGUCGCGAUCGAGGGCGUGUCGCUGCUCGCGUCGCCGAGGGCGGAAGACGAGUGGAUUCGAAAUUCCGCCCCGGAGGAGCGCGCGCGCGCGCUGAGGGACGCGACGACGCGCGCGGCGGCGGAGGCGGCGACGACCGCGAAGCGCGGCGGCGGAGGCAUCAGCGGCGGCGUCUUGCACGCGAUGUGGGCGCCGAUACUCGAGAGGCUGCAGCUCAAGAUCGAGGACGUGCGCGUGCGGUUCGUGGACCUGCCGUCGGCGCUGCGCGACGACGAUGCCACGACGACGACAACAGCUGGCGUCGCGUCGUUCGGGAUGCGCGUGGAAGCCCUCCACGUGCGCACGGAGAGCACGCAGGAUUACCUGCGGAGAAUCCUGGGCAUGGACGUCGCGCGCGCGUCGGCGUCGGCGUCGCGCGCGUCGGCGUCGGACGACUCGGACGACGCGGGAGGAGACGGGGGAGACGUCGUCGGCGUCUCGACGACGGGGCGGUUCCGAGACGGCGAGUCCGCGGCGGCGGCGAAAGAACUCGAGGCGGACGCGAAGGAUCUCUUCCUGUCGCCGCUGCCGCCGCGCGGGGGCGGGGGUGUCGGGCGCGGCGGCGGACGACGAAGAGAACGACGGAGGAUAUCCACGGUCAGAGGGCUCCUGAGCGUCGUCGCGCCGGUCACGGAGGCGCGGAAACACCUCGAGGUGAUCGGGUUCGAAGUGUACGGCAAACCCGCGAUCGCCGCGGACGUCGCGACGCGAAGCCCGAUGGAUCGUUUCGAGUGGCACCCCGCGGAGACGCUGCAAGCGCGCGUGGAGCACACCCCCGCGGCGAGGGACGACCACGCGCCCGAGGACGUCAUGCUCGCCGCGUCGAAUCUCACGGCGUCGAUUCACGUCGUCGCGGCGCCGAGGACGCGGCCGGCGCGUGGGGAUACGAUCGCCGCGUCGUCGUCGUCGUCGUCGUCGUCGAACGGCGGCGGCUUCGACGUGCACGUGCAGUUGCACGACGAGAUACGCGCGCGGGUGCGUCCGUCGCAAGUGCGCGCGUUAGUGCGGCUCUCGGACGCGAUGGAUGUCUGGGCGCUGAGGAGUAAACACGGCGCGCGCCGCCCGACGGAUGCCUCGCGCGGGCUCGAGAGGGACUGGAGCGCGUGGUGGAAGUACGCGAUCGAGGCGACGAUCAGGGAUAACGACGACGCGAAAGCGGCGGUUAGAGGGGGUGGCGAGAGCGACGUCGCGAUGAAGAAGCCCGCGGCGCUGAGGUACCUGGAGCUCUACUCCAAGAAACUGAGAGAGCGACUCCGAGCGGAGUCCGAGAAUGACGACGAAAACGACGGGGAGACGUUUUACGAGUGCGAAGACGGCGACGUCGACAUCGGGUCCGAGAUGAGCGUCCUCGAGGACGAGCUCACGCUCGAGGAGCUCCUCGACGCGCGCUUAGAAGCGGAGCGGUGCCUGCCGGACGGGGACGACGACGAGUGGUACGACCUCGACGACGACCUCGAUGAAGACUCGAGCGGCUUGGAAGACGUCAGCGAUGACGACGACGACGACGCCGAGAACGGCUCUUCUACCCGAGGGACGAUAUCGUGGGCCGCGUCCGCGCUUUUCCGCGCGCCCGGCCGCGUCCUGAGCGGCGUCGGCGGCGUCGCCGCGCGCAUGAGCGGCGGCGGAGGAGACGCGCGCGGAAGGAGACAGUCCCGCGGCGCCGCGAAGACGCGAACGGCGGCGUUCACGUUACGCGUCGCGCGCGUCGCGGUGACGCUCUGCGCCGAAGCCGGCGACGUCGUCGCGGACGUCCUCCGUCUAGAGCUCACGAAAACGAAAGCAGAGCUCGGCGUCGUCGCGGACGCUCGCAGAGACGCGCACGCGCUGCACGUUGAGGUCGACGACGUCGCCGGAUACCUCCUCGGCGGCGGCGAGGUCGCGGACGAGCGCGCGAUGUGGAGACGCAAAGACGUGAAAUCGUCGUCGUCCACGGCGCCGUUCGUCCGCGUCUCCCAGCGCGCGCCCGUCGUCGACGCGCACGGCGUCGCGCGCGCGCAAGCGCUGGACAUCGCGAUGGCGCCUUUCGCGGUCGUUGCGCACCCGAGCGCCGUCUCCGCGCUCGUCGCGUUCGAUCGUCAGAUGAGCGGCUACCCGCGCGGGUACGGCUAUUUACGGAAGCUCUGGUCCGUGCGCGCGCUGCCCGGGGACGCGCCGAGAGAGAGGCUCGCGCGCGCGAUGAUGGCCGUGAAGGUGGGCGACAGGGUCGUCCCGUGGAGCGUGUCGAUGAGCGACGCGCUGGUGAUCGUUCCGCGCGCGGACGCGACGACGGCGGCGGCGGCGGCGGCGGCGAUCGAGGUUGGCGCGUUCCGAAUCGAGUGGUCGCCGGGCGGCGGGCACGCGAUCGACGCGCGCGAGGUCGACGACCUCAUCGAGCACGCGAGAGCGCUCUCGCUGCGCGACGACGCGAACGAAGAGACGAACGACGCGCUGUGCGCGCUGGAGAGGGUCGUCACGUCGCACGAGAUGACGGCGUCGUUCGAGGACAGAGCGUUCGCCGUCGUCGCGGACGCCGCCGCGGCGAGCGGUCCGCCGCCGCCGCCGCCGCCGGAUUUUGAAGUCGUCGAGUCGCGCGACGCCGCGGACGUCGACUUCACGUUCGCGGGGUUGAGGGUGUACGCGUGCGACGAGUCGUCGUCCGUCGUGCACCGCGUCGAGAUCGCUAGGUUCGCGGCGAGGGCGGGGAUAUCGCGCGAGGGCGACGCGAGGGCGCGCGUGGAGUUGAGCUCCGUCGACGCGGACGUCUGCGACGGCGCGUCCUCGUCCUCUCGGCGGCGCCGGCUCGCGCGCGUGAACUGCUCCGAAGACGGCGCGUUCGCGCCGGUUUUACACGUCGACGCCUCAUUCAGCGGGAGCGGCGGUCGAACCGCGCUCGAGAUCGACGCGAGGGGGUUGGACGUCUCGAUCGAGAGCGACGUCGUCGCCGCGCUCGCGGCGUUCGCGGCGGCGGCGGCGACGGCGAAAUCGCGGCGCCGCGCGUCGUCGUCGUCGUCGAAGGAGACGACGCUCCUCGCGAUGACGAGCUUCUCCUACCGCCGUCGCGCGAAACCCGUCCGCGUCCCGCCGUCAAAGACGCUGCUCGCGCACGGCGUUCACGAGGUUUAUCACUCCACCGCGAGAGAGGACCUCGUCGCGCUGUCCGCCCCCGGCGCGUUCGACGCGCCGCCGACGCGGUCGCCGCCGCCGCCGCCGGACGCGGCGAACGAAUCGCUCUCUGUCUCGUUCGCGACGCGCGCGCCGUUCACGGUCGCGCUGUCCGACGCGGGCGGCGUCGACCCGGUGCUUCGCGUCGCGAUGGACUCCGCGAAGCUGAAUUACGUGAAGCCGCGCGACGACGACGUCGAUGACGACGCGAAGACGCUCCUCGCGGCGACGAUCGCGGGUCUCGUCGCGAAGGCGCCGGCGCGCGCGCGCGGCGACGGCGACGACGUCGCGCUCCUGCGUCUCGGCGUCGCGCUGACGGUCGAGACGCCGACAGGUUCUACUCGCGCCGCGCCGAGCGUGGAGAUUUCCGUCGGCGAGUGCAGGGUCGGCGCGCACGCGGGUCCGCUGAUGCGCGCCGCGCGGUGGGGGGAGAAGGUGGCCGCGGCGGCGGCGGCGGCGGCGCCGCCGCCGCCUCCGUCUUCUUCGGUAUCGAUCGUCUCGCGCGACGAAAUCAUCGGCGAAGGCGUCGCGCCGCCGUCGCUGCGCGCGCUCGCCUGCGGUUCGAUCUCGCUGUCGCUGACGGACACGUCCGUGUUCGUGCCCGCGCCGCCCGCGCCGCAUCGAAAGCGCGGCGGUGGCGCCCGCGCGGCCGCCGCGGGGCUCUUUCUCGCGAUCGACGCGCUCGACGCGUCGACGCGGCUGCCGUUCGAUCCGACGCGGCCGGUCGACGCCGACGCGCGGCUCGCGCGUUUCGCGACGCGCGGCGUGCGCGUCAGCGCGUGCGCCGAGGACGACCGCGAGCGUGCGCUGUCGCUCCUCGCUGCGGAGCCGAUGGGACGCUCGUCGAGUUCGAGGGCGGGGCCGGCGGAGUCGCCGCCGCCGGCGUUGGCGACGAUUCGAUCCGCGAGCGUUUUCGAGGAGCGCGCGUCGCGCGGGAUUCUCGCUUUCGCGUGCGAUGUUCCCUCGGUCGCGGCGACGCUGUCGCCGUCGAGCGUCGCGCUGUGCGUGGACGCGCUGAACGCGGCGACCGCCGCGGUCUCGCUCGCGCGCGAGGACGAUACCCCCGGCGGGAGGAGGAAGGCCGCCGCGGGGACGGCUGAGUCGUCGGCGCCGGUUUCGAAACCGUCUUCGAAACCGUCUUCGAAAUCUCCCCGUCCGCCUCUCGAGUACUCGGUUAGCCUGCGCCUCGGCCGCGCGUCGCUUCUGUUGCAGUCCUCCAAAGCCGCGCGCGAGGGCGUGUUCGGGUUUGACGGCUCCGAACGCGCCGGUGUCGUCGCGAUCAACGCGCUCUCGAUCAAAGCCGCCGCGGGCGCGGAACGCGGGAUGACGUCGCACAAAAUCGACGUCUCGUUCCACAGCGCGCACGCGACGGACGUCAGCGCGACGGCGGCCGGGGAAGCGGAGCGCAUCGCGCUGGGCGUGGCGCUCGGCGAGCGGUUCGUCGACGGCGGGACGCCGCUCGCGUGGAUCGGAGGCGCAGGAAGCGGCGGCGGCGGCGGCGGCGGCGCGGCGCGGCCGUCGACGUCGACGCUCACCGCGCGCGCGUUGACGAAAAGCGGCGCGACGACGCCGUCGUCCGUCGGCGUCGACGCCGCGCUCGGCGGCGGCGGGUUCGCGUGUAAUCUCCCGGCGUGGAACCGCGUCAUCGCGUUGUGCGACGCGACGGCCGUGGAGGCGUCGCGGCCGACGAAGACGACGCCGGCGGCGGGCGGGGCGACGAAGACGAAGACGAAGACGAAGACGGCGGCGGCGGCGGGAGACGUCGUCUCGUCGUCGUCGGCUUCGUCUUUCGCCGGCGACGACGCGCUCUUCGCGAACGGCGAAUUUUCCACCGGCGAGUGGGUCCUCACGCUCCCUUGGCACCCGCCGAAAGGUGACGGCGGCCCUCGUGCCGUGCGCGUGCUCCUCGACGCGCGCGCGAGCGGGACCGCGAACGUCAACACGCGGACGAUGACGCCGACGAGGUGGGACGGCUGCGUCGGCGUCAAGAAGUUAAAACUCGACGUCACGGAGGUGGAGCCUCCGCGCGCGGCGACGAUCGCGCCCGGGGGCGUCGCCGAGCCCGCGCCGCCGCGCGUCCGCGCGCACGCGCUCGCGGAGUUGAGGGGGUUGAAGAUCACGGCGACGCGCGAGGAGAACGACGCGCCGCCGGGGGGCGAGCGCGCGACGGACGUCUCCGUGGACGUCACCGCGAGGGACGUCUCCGUCGCCGCGUCGACGCGUCGGUUGCUUCUCCUCGGGGAGCUGCGAUCGCUGAUGGAGGUUCAACAGCCCGCGGCGGCGGCGGCGGCGGCGACGGUGAAGACGACGCGCGCGCCGAGCGCGACGGCGGACCAGACGACGCCGAAGACGCCGAGCGCCGCGUCGACGCGGUCGUCCACGCCGACGUCCGUGUUCGCAUCCGCGUCCGUGGACGUGAUCGGCGUCUUAAUUCUCUCCGACGACGUGUCGGACGGCGCGUCAGCCGACGACGUGUCGCACGACGCGUCGGCUGCCUUAGACGUGAAUCUCGGCGUGCCGCUGCUCGAGGCUGCCGUCCUCGGGCUCACCGCGUCGUUCACCUCGGACGCGUCGUCCGACGCCGUCGGACGCGAGACCUCGAUCGCGCUCAACGCGGAGGCGCGAGUGAUUCUGGAUUCGCUGAACCAACGCAAGGGCGCGUGGGAGCCGAUCGUGGAACCGUGGAAGGUUCGUCUCGUGUCCGAGGCGAGCCUGCGCGAUGACACGGCGUCGAAGGCGUCGAUCAAGGUGGUCGGGUACGACGCCCUGGAGAUCACGGCCACGGAGGCGGGCGCGGCGUCCGUGGCGCAGUGCGCGCUCGCGAUCGCCAACGGCGCCGGCGACGAAAGCGCCGAGACCGCCGCGACGACGACGGCGACGCAAGGGCAGCAUCAAUCGUACUGGCUUCGGAACGCGACGAACGCGACGGUUCGGUACUGGCUCGCGGACUCGAGCGAAUCGGAAUCCGAACCGUCGCUGUCGUCGUCGUCGCGCGGCGGGUCCGUCCCUCCCGGCGGGCGCGUGCCGCUGCAUUUCCCGGAGCUGAAAUCUCGCGCGGCGCCGAGGUACUCGUGCGUCGCCGGCGUGCGCUCGCUGACGUCGCCGGCGCCGCCGCCGCCUCCCGCGCCGACGCGCGCGGUCGUCCUGCGAUUCGAAGGCGCCGAGGAAGCGUCCGCGCCCGUCGGUCUGGACGAGCUCGCGUCGCACGUCCUCGGGGAGAGGCUGCUGCUCGGAAGCGCGAUGACGGCGGAGAAGGACGACGACGACGGCGCCGACGCGAACGCCGCGAACGCCGACGCGGGCCGCGUCGUCGCGGAGGUUCGCCGAGUGAACGACAUGUCCGUGCGCACGGAGCUGCUGUUGCGCUCCGACCUCGCGGUGCACAACGGGACGCUCGGCGCGGUCGAUCUCGCGUUCGACGGCGCCGGCGACGCCGCCGCCGCCGCCGACGCGUCGUCGACGGUGCGCGUCGCGCCCGGGCAGAGGGUGUGGCUGCCUCCGCGCCGCGCGCGCGCUCGCGCGUCGGUGCGCUGGCGCCCGAGCGACGGCAACGCGCGCGCGUACGCGUGGAGCGACCCGCUGCCGCUUCGCGCGCUCGCGCCGUCGCGCGAGACGUCCGCCGCGCCUCGCGAGCGUCGCGCCGCCGCGUCCGCGUCGGACGACGACGCGAGCUUCCUCGCCGCGCCGUUCCGUUGCCUCGUCGACGCGGAGACGUCGCCCUGGUCGCACGCGACGAUCGUCUCCCUCGCGCCGCCUCUGCGCGUCUCGAACGACCUCCCCGUGCCGCUGAGCAUCUCGGUCUCGAGCGAAGGCGGCGGCGGGGAGGGCUCCGCCGGCGGCGGGUCGGGAUCGAUCGUGAUCGCUCCGGGGGCGACGAUCGCGCUGCACGACGCCGCGGCGGCGCCGCGCGCGGCGCCGACGCUUCACAUGCGCCCGCACGGGUACACACACUGCGCGUCCGUGCCUCUGCCCGCGAUCGGCGCCGGGAACGGCGCGAAGGCGGGUUCCGCCGCCGCCGCGGCGGCGGCGGCGGCGGCGGAACCGUGGACCGCGCACCGCGACGUCUUCAAAGUCGUCGGGUUUCGCGCGGGCGGCCCGCGCGCGCCGCGCCUCACGUCCACCUCCCCCGUCAGCGUGCAGCUCGACGUGCGCGUGGACGAGCGCGGGACGAGAUGCGCGCGCGUGUCGUGCCCCGUGCGCGUCGUCAACGCCGCGUCCGACGCGCUCGUGCUUCAAGCCGUGGACCCGCCGGAGGGCGCGGAGGAGGAGGAAUUUUUCGAAAAGCUCGCGCUCGACGACGGCGACGCCGCGUGCGUCCUGGGCGCGCGUCUUCCGUCCAGGACCGCGCUCGGGGACGGCGACUGCUGGCUCCCUCCCGCGCGUCCGAGGGCGAGAGGUCUCGGCGGCGGCGGCGGCGCGGACGGCGUCGACGGACGGGGGUUUGAUCCGCCGGCGAUGCUUCCCGGGUUGGGGUUGAAGCGCGCGCGCGCGUCGUCGUCGUCGUCGCUCCUGCCGCUGUCGCCCAAGCUCGCGCGAUCGCAAGACCGGCUGGCGGCGGCGGCGUCGAUGGACCACACCCCGACCGGGUCGCGCCCGGGCACCGCGCCGGGGAGCCCGGACAGCGGACGGUCCUUAGAGCACUCCCCCGCGGGGUCGUCGGGGUACCUUCCCGGUUUGGACGGCGGCGGCGGCGGCGGCGGGGGAACGAGAGGCGUCACCGCGCGGGCGCUGUUCUCGUCGUCGCUGGGCGGAUCCGCUGGAUCUCCGACGUCGUCUCCGAACAAGUCGUUCCUCGAUCUGUCUGACUUGUGCGUCGGCCUGGAAGCCGCGACGUCGUCCCCGAGGGCGACGGCGACGGCGACGGCGACGACGACGACGCGCGUCGGCGACGCGUCCCCCGAAGCCGACGUCGGCGUCGCAAUGUACGGGAAGCAUCAGCUCUGGGGGCAAUCGAAGCGCGGCGUCCCGGUCCUCGUGCGCGCGCGCUCCCCCGCCGCGAACACGUGGUCCUCUGUCGUCGCUCUGAAUCCCGGGGACGCGAGGGUCGUGAGAUGCCCCGCCGGCGGCGGCGGCGGCGGCGGCGGCGGCUCGGGGAAGCCGAGCGCGGAUGGCGGCGCGUGUUACGAGUACGUCGUCUCUCUGCGCGAUCCGCACUCUGGGAGCGGGACGAUCGUCGUGCACCCUCGCGUCGUGAUUCGCGCGUCGGCGCUGUGCGGCGAGCUUCCGCACGACGUGCCUUUACUCUUCCGCGAACACGGCGGCGACGACUGCGCGUCGUUGCGGCCGGGCGAGGAGACGCCGGUCACGCGGUGGCGCGCGAGCGGCGGCGCACGCGCGGUGUGUUUCCGGCCGAACGACGGCGGCGUGUGGUCGUGGUCUUCGCCCGCGGUCGUGGACGUCGUCGGCGUGACGUACGUCAAGGUGCGGUCGCUGACGCGAGCGCCGCCGGCGCGCGACGACGUUGGCGGCGGCGGCGGCGGCGGCGCGGCGAAAAAACUCGGGUUCGACGAAAGUUUCGACGACGACGACGACGACGGCGUUCGCGCGUCGUCAUCCGCGGCGCGUUUCCACCGAACGAACGCGAUCGCGAACGCGAAGACGACGCGCGUGUUUUGCGUCGCGGUGUCGAGCGCGUCGUCCGCGCGCGGCGGGUUCGUCGUCGACGUCUCCGAGCUGUCGGACGCGGAAUGGCGCGCGCUCGCGCCCGUUCUCGUGGAGAACGCGUCGAACGUGGUCGUGACGUUCCGGCAGACGGGCGCGCCGCGAAGGCACGACGGCGACGAGCGCGCGCAUCCGCGCUCGACGACGUCGUUUCUGUGGGACGACCCCGCGAAGCCGCGGAGCAUCUCGUUGUCCGUGCCCGGCGCCGCGUCCCCGGACAUUUGCGCGCCGGCGUCGGCGAUGGACGAACUCGACGACGACGCGAACGACGGCGGCACGUCUUCUUCUCGGUGGUCCGCGCAGUCGGUCGUGCGGUACGUCGACCCGUCGCGCCCGCCCGUGCUGCUGCGCGUGACGACGCGGAGAGACGCGGGCGCGACGCGCGUGACGAUCGAAGCCGUCGACGCGAAGCAAAAUCCCUCCGCGUGGGCGGCUGCGACGGCGGCGGCGGCGGCGACCGACGCCGCGGCCGCCGCGACGCCUCCCGGCGGCGUCUCUACCACCACCGCCGUCACCGCGCCUUCUUCUUCUUCUUCUUCUCCCGCGUUCUUCACGGCGUCGCCGAUGACGACGCGCGUUUUACAGCCGCUGCUCCCUCGGCGGCUGCGUCCGAUCGCCGUCGCGCUCGCGUUCGCCACGGACAAGGCGUCCGCGGCGGCGGCGAAGUCGUCCGCCGGCGAGCUCUCUUCGCGCGACGCGCCGUCGUUCGCGAUCGAUUGCGCGCUGGAGCUGUCGUCCGUGGGUCUCAGCGUCGUGAGCGGCGGCGGGCGAGGCGGCGCGCGCGAGCUCUUGUACUCGCGAGCGACGGCCGUGCGCUUGGAAGCGUCCGCGUCGGGACACAAGAAGAGAGGCGGGAAAGUGAUUUGGAAAGACGCCGACGUCGGCGCGCGCGUCGGCCGCGUCCGCGCGGAUCUCCAGACGGCCGGCGCGAGCUCGUACCCGAUGAUCCUCGCGUGCGGCGGCGGCGGCGGUGCCGUUCUCGGCGGGCGCGGCGGCGGCGAACCGCUAUAUAAACCCACCGGCAAACGCGCGCUGUCGCUGCGCGCGGCCGUCGGGAAGCAGCGUCGGCACGAGUGGGCGCUGCGAUCCGUCGCGUUGGACGUCGCGCCCGUGACGCUCGACCUCAAAGAGGAGCUCUUGCUCGCGCUGCCGGGCGUCGUGGAAGGAUUCGCGCGGCCGUUCUCGGCGGUCACAACGGCGGUUUCGACUACUACUACGGGCGGCGCGCGGACGCCGCCUCAUCGCGGAAGGCUGCCGACGACGACGACGCCCGAGUCGACGCGGCGGAUUUUGCCGACGUUGCGCCCCGCGGCGGCGAGAGCGCUCGCGGCGGCGGCCGCGUCCGCGUCCAUGUCCGUCCCCGCGCCGCCCGCGCUCUCGUCCGUGCGCGUCGGCGAGUUCGACCUCACGGUGUCGUUCACCGCGCUGCCGUUCCUGCCGUGGGGGCUUCGAUCGCUCGGCGCGGUCGAUCGCGCGCGGGUGUCGUUGGGGUCGUUCCAGCUGCCGUCGCCGUACGCGCUUCGAAAAAUGCGGAUGAAAAAAAGUAACGCCGCGGGAGCAGCGGAGACGUGGUCCACCGAUCAGGUCGUGUCGCUCGCGCGACGGCACUACAUCGCGGAAGCCGCGGGGCAGGCGGGGCGUCUCAUCGCUAGCAACAAGCUCCUCGGCGACCCCGCGCGGUUCUUGGGGGAGAUACGCGCCGCGACGCGCGAGCUGUUCGCGUCGAACGUCAGCCGGGGGAUCGGGAGGCGGUGCGCGUUGUUUUCGUCGCGGUGCGUUUGGGCCGUCGGGGUGUGGGCGCGGACGACGCUCGCGCACGCGCGCGACGUCGCGCACGAGGUCGAGGCGCGUUUUGAGGCGUCGCGGGAGCGGCGCGUACUCAGUCUGCGAGAGCGGCGCAUCGAGGAAGAGGACGAGGACGGCGGCGGCGACGGCGACUCGAAGAAGAAGGCGACGGAGGAGGCGCGCGCGCCGGCGGGCGCGAGCGACGCCGUCGUCGUCUCGUCCUCGGCGGGCGCGGGGGGGAGUUCGACUUCGACAUUGAAAACGUCGAACUCGACGACGAAGGAGACGUCGACGUCGACGUCGUCCUCCUCCGUCAAAAUCCUUCCCGCGGACGACGCGACGUCCGCCGCGGGCCGCCCGACGUCGACGACGUCGACCUCGACGGGAGGAGGCGAAGAAAACGAUGAGAGCAAGACGACGACGCGCGCGGCGGAUCACCCGAAGGACGUCGUCUCCGGAAUGCUUCGCGCGCUAGGGAAACUCGUGGAAGCGCCGCUGCAGGGCGUCGAGCUCCGAGGCCUCCCCGGACUCGUCGAGGGCGCGAUGGAGGGCGUCGCCGGCGCCACCGCGAAUCUCGCCGCCGCGUCGUUGAAGCUCGCGAUCAUCCUAUGCGAUAAAGCGUACGCCGUCGUCGCGCGCGCGUCCGACGGCGGCGACGACUUGGAAUCCGUCUCCAUCACCGCCGCCGCCGUCGGCGGCGGCCUCGUCAUCACGCGGCACCGCGUCUCGAACGUCUCCGCGCCGCGCCUGCGCCCGCCGCGACCGGCGCCGAGCGACACGGAGCCGCUGCUGCCGUUCAACGGCGAGCUCGCGCUGACGAGGGAGAUGCAUCAGGCGCGUUCUAUACAAAAGUUUUUCAACCAUCGCCCGGUUUCAACAUUUGAUCGCGUGGGUCCCUUUCAACUGACCGGUGAACUAUUUUUGCCUCAGUACGCGAGCGACGGGAAGUACGCCAAGGCGGCGUACCUCGGCGGCGCGGCCAUCGUCAAGCCGAGAGGCGGAUACGUCGUCGUCACGAGCGAGCACGUCGUCGUCGGCGUCGCCGUGAUUCACAAGACGCCACUUGGCUCGAGCGAUAGAGGGAGUUUAAACGGCUCGACCGCGGCGGAACGCGACGCGAGCGGCGAGGGCGCCGAGAGCCUCGGCGCCGCCGCGACCGAGCCGCCCGCCGCGGCGAAACCGUCGGGGUGGGUCGUGCGCGACGCGUUUCCGCUGCGGGAAGUCGUGGGCGUGCGAGUCGCCGGCGCGCUCGUGUUGAUCACCGCGCGGUACGCGCCGAGUCGCACGUCGCGCGACGACGACGGGUUUCGGAGCAGCCUCGAGGGCGUUGAAUCGCUGUUGACGCCGGCGUAUUCCGCCGCGUCGCGCGUCGCCGCGGCGUGGCGGAGGGGUUUUUUGAGCCGACGGUUCGCGGCGGCGGGGAGAAGGGAAAAAAACAAAAACGACGCGGGUUCCGGACGCGACGGCGCGAACGCCCCGAGGGUCAACAACAGCGCUGUGGACGUGGACGCGAUCCCGACGAGGGAGGUGGCGUUGCACUGUGUGGACGCCGUCGCCGCGGCGAGGUUGCACGGGCAGCUGGUCGCCGCGACGACGACGACGAACGGGGGAGGAGGAGGAAACGCCCUCCGGAGACAGUAGUAGAAAAACAAUAAUAUUAGAUUUAGGACCAGCAGAAGACGAAGUCUAACGAC